CCAUGCCAGCCUGCUGCAGCUGGAAUGACAUCUUCCAGUACGAGACGAACAAAGUCACCCAGAUCAAGAGCGUGAAUUAUGGCACCAUUAAGUGGAUCCUCCACGUAAUCGUCUUUUCCUAUGUCGGCUUUGCUCUGCUGAGUGACAAGCUGUACCAACAGAAGGAGCCGGUGAUCAGCUCUGUGCACACCAAGGUGAAGGGGAUCGCGGAGGUGGAAGAGGAAACUGUGGAGGAUGGAGUCAAGAAGGUGGUGCCCAGCAUCUUUGACACUGCGGAUUACACCUUCCCUUUGCAGGGAAACUCCUUCUUUGUGAUGACAAACUUUCUCAAGACAGAAGGCCAAGUUCAGGAGUUUUGUCCUGAGUACCCCACCCCCAGGACGCUCUGCCACACUGAUCGGGACUGUAAAAAAGGACGGAUGGGCCCACAUAGCAAAGGAGUCCAGACUGGAAGGUGUAUACAGUAUAAAGGGAAGCAGAAGACCUGUGAAGUCUUUGCCUGGUGCCCUAUCGAGGCAGUGGAAGAAGCCCCUCGGCCUGCCCUCUUGAAGAGUGCAGAGAACUUCACUGUGCUUAUCAAGAACAAUAUCCACUUCCCUGGCCACAAUUACACCACGAGAAACAUCUUGCCAGAUAUAAACAUCACUUGUACCUUUCACAAGACUCGGAAUCCACAGUGUCCCAUUUUCCGACUAGGAGAUAUCUUCCGAGAAAAAGGACAAAAGUUUUCAGAUGUGGCAAUUAAGGGUGGAAUUAUGGGCAUUGAGAUCUACUGGGACUGCAAUCUGGACAGGUGGUUCCAUCACUGCAGACCGAAGUAUAGUUUCCGUCGCCUUGAUGACAAAAUCACCAAUGAGUCCUUGUACCCUGGCUACAACUUCAGAUACGCCAAGUACUAUAAGGAAUCAGGUGUUGAAAAACGGACUCUGAUAAAAGUCUUUGGGAUUCGUUUUGACAUCCUGGUGUUUGGCACUGGAGGAAAAUUUGACAUUAUCCAGUUGGUCGUGUAUAUCGGCUCCACCCUUUCCUACUUUGGUUUGGCCACCUUCUUCAUCGACUUUCUCAUCGACACGUUCUCAAGCGCAUGCUGUCGAUCAUAUGUCUACCCCAGCUGCAAGUGCUGCAGGCCCUGCCGGGUGAACGAGUACUACUACAGGAAGAAGUUCGAGACCGUGGUGGAGCCGACGCAGACAUUAAAGUAUGUGUCCUUUGUGGAUGAACCUUACAUUAUUAGGAAGGUAGACCAGCAGCUACUUGGGAAAAGCCUACAGAAUGUGAAGGGUGAAGAAGUUCCAAAGCCUUCAGAUGACUCAGACCUCGCUAACAUAUGACUACAACUGCAUGAGACAGCCCAAUGUUUCUCUCACCUCAUUGUCGAAGCCCCAAAUGGAGGUGGAAUUUGA